AUGUUAUCGUCCCUCUCAUCCAGCUUGUCCAAUCCCCGGCAGUCGCUUGCCCAGGUGCUGAACUUUGCACUUGUUCUGUCUACAGCGUUUAUGCUUUGGAAAGGAUUGUCCGUUUUCACCGCAUCCUCAUCGCCCAUCGUGGUUGUGCUGUCUGGGUCCAUGGAACCUGCUUUUCAGAGAGGCGAUCUCUUAUUCCUAUGGAAUCGGAGUCCAAGGGCAGAGAUUGGAGAGAUUGUCGUAUACAAUGUCCGGGGGAAGGAUAUCCCGAUUGUGCACCGGGUUGUGCGAACAUUUCCAGAGAUUGACCCGAAGACAAAGAAAGUCCGGGGGGCUUCUGAGUCUUCGUCGUCUGCACCGUCUCAAAUGCUCUUAACCAAGGGUGACAAUAACAUCGCGGAUGAUACUGAGUUGUACGCAAGGGACCAAGACUACCUUAACCGUCAAGAAGAUAUUGUUGGCAGCGUAAGAGGGUAUAUACCGAUGGUGGGAUAUGUGACAAUCAUGCUCAGCGAGCACCCUUGGUUGAAGACCGUUCUACUGGGGAUCAUGGGGUUGAUGGUGAUACUACAGAGGGAAUAA